AUGAGCAAUCCCCUGUUUGUCACACUCUCUGCACACAACUGCAACAGAGUCAAAACCGCAAACUCCUUCCCUUUAUCACUACCGUCCUCAAUUGCCUCCACUAAGACCGCAAUCCCCCCUUCCUCUACCAAUGCCUCCUGCCCCAUCUCAAUCCCUGCCAGGCUACUCAGAACUACCAUGGCCUUCUCCGCCAGCCCAGUCCCCUGCUCCCCCACCAGCCCCACCAGCGGCCUAACUGCACCAGCACUAACCGCCCUCUCCUUGUUCAGCUUGACUGAGCACAGCUUGGCCACGAGCGGAGGUAUGGCCCCGGAGGCCCCAAUCGAGAGCUUGUACUCCUCCACCAGGGCCAGGCUGAGCAAAGCACAGGCCGCGUUCUGCUUGGAGGUCUCGGUGCCGGGAUUUGAUGCCGCCGGCGUUUAUAAUCACGCUCUUGUUGCCCUCGUGAAGGGAGAGAUUGAGGAGGGCGGUGACCGUGUGCUCCUGGGUCAUCGGCGGAGGAGCGAGACAAGGGUGGGGACAGCGCCGGAUUCCCCAAUCAAGGCUCGGUUGUCGGCUCGGUUUUUAGCCAGCAGGCGCAGCUUGGCUGCCGCGGACCUUUUCACGGCUACCGACGGCGACUGUAGGCCGUCGACGCAGAGCUGUACCGUCGGCUGGAGGUCCUCCGGCGAGAUGCUCUCGAUGAUCUCCGUGGAGAACGUCUCCCUCUGUAGGAAUCCGGAGCAAGGUUCGGGCUCGGGAUCCGAGCUCGCGCCCUCGUUCGGGCCGGGGUCAGGGAGGUUGGCUAGGCGCUGGAGCUCGCCGGAGAUGUCGCUCGAGCAGGCGGAGACGUCGCUGAAGGCGGUGGAGAUGUCGAGUAUACCAUCGAGAUCGGAGGACGAGGGGCUUUUCGAGUUGCGAGACGAUUUGCUGGCGAGCUCAUCGAGUCGGAGGUCGAUGACCGAGUCGGUUCUCGGAGACGUUGGGCGAGCUCUCGAGGAUUGGGCCGGAUUGGUGAGCGCUGAAGAGGUUGGACCGGAUUGUCCGCAUGGACCGGCCCAUCGACCGGCUUAUUGUGGCGGAGGACGGCGGCGGAGAGUAGUAGUAGUAAGGCCGCUUUUGGGCGUAGGGGGCGACGCCGGCGAUGUUGGGGUUGGAGUGGGAACGAGAAUCUUCGAUUGA